AGUGCUUCUUACGUCGCUUACGUGUGGCGUCAUUGUUCUUCGCAUGUGGACCGUCUGCUAUCACAACAUUUAGCUUGUUUAUGAACUGAUUUUACAAGUUAACUCUUCGUCCUCUCAUACCGACACACAUACAAGGACAACCAUGACCUCCAGCUGUCGACGGCCUGAACACACAGCUCCUCCAGAUGUGUUCUACAAUGAAGACGAGGCAAAGAAAUACUCUCAGAACUCUCGAAUGAUUGAGAUCCAGACCCAGAUGUCAGAGAGAGCUGUAGAGCUUUUAAACCUGCCAGAGGGACAGCCAUGCUUCCUGCUAGAUGUGGGGUGUGGCUCUGGUCUCAGCGGAGACUACCUGUCAGAGGAGGGACACUACUGGGUUGGAGUCGACAUCAGCACUGCAAUGCUGGAUGUUGCACUGGACAGAGAAGUAGAGGGAGACCUUUUAGUGGGGGACAUGGGCCAGGGGAUGCCUUUUCGACCCGGCACCUUUGACGGUUGCAUCAGUAUCUCUGCCCUGCAGUGGCUCUGUAAUGCCGACAAGAGGACACAUAGUCCUCCAAAGAGACUCUACACCUUCUUUAGUACUCUGUACUCCUCUCUGUCAAGAGGCUCACGUGCAGUUUUUCAGCUUUAUCCAGAGAACUCAGAGCAGCUUGAGCUGAUCACGACACAGGCCAUGAAGGCAGGCUUCAGUGGAGGCAUGGUGGUGGAUUACCCCAACAGCAGCAAGGCUAAAAAGUUCUUCCUGUGUCUGUUUGCUGGAGCAACAGGAGUCCUUCCCAAAGGAUUGGGAUCAGAAACUUCAGACAGAGCGGUUCCAAACCAGGUCCAGUUUUCAGGACAACGAUGCCGGUUCAAAAACAUGAAGGGGAAAUCGGUGAAGAAGGGACGAGAUUGGAUCUUUGAGAAGAAGGAGAGGAGGAGAAGACAGGGACGGGAGGUUCGAGCCGACACAAAAUACACUGGACGUCAGAGAAGACCUCAUUUCUAGCUCUGACUCAUGCAGCUGUGGCUUCAUUAGCUCUCGUCUGUACCACCCUGCUUACAAUCACCUCUGGAACUGCAGAGUGUUUGUACUUAAUUUUUCAACUCUUGAAUUCUAGGGAUGAGAUGCAAGAGUAAAAUGCUAUUACGGCCAAUCGUUUUUAUAUUCGGUUGAGUGUUUGGCAAUUUGUUUCUCACAAAUGGUGGUAAGAUUUUACUCUCCGUGUUCAUGUUGGCUGGAAGAUACAUGGACAGACAGUGGAGACAGUUGACAGCACCAUCAAUGUCAUAGAAUUAAAACAUUUUUGAUAAAUUAUCAAAUGUCACAUCUUUAAUCUCUGAUCAGCUGUUGUAUUAUCUGCAGUGUUUUCUCAAUUUUUAUUAUAUUUACUGUUUAUUUUCCAGAAUAUAGGAGAAAUUGAACAGGCAACCUCCAUGUAUUUGUGAAAACUGUUUCACAGUCCUGAAUGUUACAAACACCAUCCUAUAAAAGAGAUAUGCAAAAUGAUACAUGCAGUACAUAUUCAGAUUUGUGUGAUGGUCCUGAACAAACUGGCAGUUCAUUAAGUUAAUGAAGAUUACAAAAAGGGGAGAGUCGGUAUGAAGAAAAAGGCGCUCACUCAUAAGGGGAAAAUUAAACUAAAUGAACUUUGAAAUAAAACAAAUAAAACAGAUUGCUGCAGCUACUAUCACAAAGUUAUUAAAUUAUAAACGUUUGGAAUAUUACUUUUUGUAUAUUUGAUGGUUUAUGUAGACCAUUCUUAUAAGUAGAAUAGCACUCAAAAGACCUGCUGUAUAAUAUAAUAAAGAUAUGCAGAAAAGACUAUUGAUAAGGUAA